AUGUCACCGCGAUUUUCAUCGCUGACCAGCGUGGACGGCAAAGGACAUCUGUCUUCGGCCGUGUCCUUGGGUUCGGCAUUGAGUCACGUCCGCGCCGCAACGGCCGUUUGCGCCGCUGCGACGUUUCCGUUUGAACAGUGCGCGGAGUUUGCUAUGGCGCUUAUCACUAAAAUCGCCGCUCUCAUCAAAAAUCCGAAAUCGUCAAUGAAUGGUUUGUUUAACGGAACAUCGGUCAAAAAGCUGCUGGGCUGGAGAAUUGGCGAAGAAGAGGAGAAGUUCGCUGAAAAAGCUGUAGAAACUCUUGUUAAAAAGCUGAAAAAGAAGAAUGGAGGUAUCGGGACUCUGGAAGAUCUCGAAUAUGCUUUGUCUCAUCCAGGAUCACAUUCCAAAUGUGUCGCUCUGCCAAAAAGCCAAGAUGGUCGCCUUCAGGUAUCCCACCGGAAAGGGCUCCCACAUGUGAUUUAUUGUCGAGUAUGGCGCUGGCCCGAUCUACAGUCUCAUCAGGAACUGAGACCCAUUCCCGAAUGCCUCUACCCACAUGAUCACAACAAUAAAACUCCAUAUGUAUGCAUAAAUCCGUACCAUUAUCAACGCCUGGAUCAGUCACGGAAUGCCCACUUCAGCUAUUCUCCCCCGAUCCCCUCGCCUACCGUAUCAACAGCUGGCUCGUCACCUUCAUGCUCUGGUCGGAUGGACAUGGCGUCUCCGUCAAAUGUGCCCUCGUCCUCCAGCUCUCCUGAAUACGACAUGGCCUUCAGUCCUUCAUCGAUGCUUUCCGAAGAGGAUGUCAAUCGAAUGGACCAGGUUAGCCCAUACACUUCUCCUCCAACGCAAUACUGGGCUACCAUAUCUUACUACGAGUUAAACAGCAGAGUUGGCGAAUAUUUCAAGGUGUACAAAAACGAGUUGAUAGUGGACGGUUUUACGGAUCCUAACUCCGACGAUCGCAUAUGCCUCGGACUUCUUUCCAAUGUCAAUAGGAACCCUACUAUCGAGAAUACUCGGCGACACAUAGGGAAAGGAAUUAGCCUGGUGUACACAAGCGACUAUGAUCUCUACAUCCAGAAUCUUUCCGAGUCAUCGAUUUUUGUGCAGUCGCGGAAUCUUAACUACAACAUGCACCAAGAACAGACUACAGUAUGUCGAGUGCCUGCUCAUAGCGCUGCUAUAUGCGUGUUUAGCAAUAUCGUCUUUCAGCAGAUGCUACAAAAUGCCAAAAUGAGAGGCGCCGAAGAGCUACACGCAUUGCAGAAAGUCUGCUUCAUACGGCUGUCGUUCGUAAAAGGAUGGGGACCAGAUUACCCAAGGCAAGAUGUAACUUCCACACCGUGCUGGUUGGAGAUUCAGCUGCUCUAUCCUCUUUGGCACAUCGACAAAACCUUGCCUGAAGUCUGUCUCAUUUCCGGAGUGGAUCCAACGUCGAUUUCUUGAUAUUCCAUGACGAAAUAAAGCUUUUCUAUCC